GCCCUCCAUUGGGCAGCAGCCAAUGGCAACUUGAGUGCCGUGGAAGCCUUGAUAGAGGGUGGGGCCGAUUUGGAGGCUAAAGAUAAGGUAUGGGUUACUGUCCUUGUCUUCGUGAAUCCAAGUCUUUCAUCUUAUAAGAAACGUGUUCUUUAUCUAAUACGAAGUGCGUUGUUUAUCUAAUAAGAAAAGUGUUCUUUAUCUGACAGGAAACGUGUUGUCACGUUGUUUAUCUAAUACGAAACGUGAUCUAUUAACCUUAGACGAUACGUGUUUCCAGUAGUUUGUAACGCAAGGACACUGUCCAUUUGUCCACAGUACGGUAUGAGGGCGGUGCUGUGGUCAGCUUGGUUCGGACACAUUCCAGUUUUAAAAGCUCUAGUCAACGCAGGUGCUAACACCAGGGUCACGAACAAG